AUGAAACUUCUUUUUGUUAUAGUUGUUUUGGUUGCUGUAUCUUUCGCAGUAGGACUACCUACUACUGAAAAAUGUCCUCCCAAACAAGCUAGCUACUGCACUAAUCCGUGCCAUCCUAUACCGACAUGUCAAAAUAGAAAACCAAGAAGUUCUGUACCUAUUAGUUGUGGUGGUCUCUGUAUUCGUAGAUGUGAAUGUGAUAUCGACAAUGGUUACAUAAGAAAUACGGUGGAUAACAGAUGUGUAAAAGAAGCAGAUUGUCCCUAA